AAAUGUGGGAAAAUAAUCGCUUGGAAAGUACAUGUGGGACUUCCAGACCUCGACCAUGUCUCUGAGUAAGACCCUUGAGUUGGAGCACUUUGACGAACGGGACAAAGUUCGGCGUGGUCGCUCCACCCGAGCCAAGCGGGAUGACUCCACCGGGGGCGGCGGAGGGUCCGGGCCGAGCUCCAGGGGCAGCAGCCUGGUGCCGAGCCCCGCCCACAGCGCCAACUGUAGCUACUACCGAACCCGCACCCUGCAGGCCCUCACCUCGGAGAAACGGGCCAAGAAGGUCCGGUUCUACCGCAACGGGGACCGCUACUUCAAGGGUCUGGUCUACGCCGUCUCCAGUGAUCGGUUCCGCUCGUACGACGCCUUGCUGAUGGAGCUCACGCGCUCGCUGGCAGAUAACCUGCACCUGCCACAAGGCGUCCGCACAAUCUACACCAUCGAUGGCAGCAAGAAGAUCACCAGCAUGGACGAGCUGGUGGAGGGUGAGUGCUACGUCUGUGCCUCCAAUGAGCCUUACCGCAAGGUGGACUACACCAAGAUCUCUGUUCCGAGCUGGAAGCCGGGCGCCAGCAGCAGCACCGGUGCGCUGAGCUCUGGCCGGACCUCCACGGCGUCGGCGGGAGUGUCGACGAGCGGCGGGCCCUCCGGCGGUGGCGCCCAGUCCUCCGCCGCCUCAACCGCCAAAGAUCGGCCCGAGGGCCGGGAGGGCCGCGAGAGCAAGGACUUCAUCAAGCCCAAGCUGGUGACGGUGAUCCGCAGCGGCGUCAAGCCCCGCAAGGCGGUGAGGAUCCUGCUCAACAAGAAGACCGCCCACUCCUUCGAGCAGGUGCUGGCCGACAUCACCGAGGCCAUCAAGCUGGACUCCGGAGCGGUGAAGAGGCUCUACACGCUGGACGGGAAACAGCUGACGUGCUUGCAGGAUUUCUUCGGGGACGACGAUGUGUUCAUGGCCUGCGGUCCAGAGAAGUUCCGGUACGCUCAGGACGACUUCGUGCUCACGCAUGGCAGCAAAUCACAGGCCUUCGUCAACGAGUGCAGAGCCAAAUCGUCUCGUCCGCCUGGGACUCAGAAAACUCCCAAGACUCCCAGCAGCUCUGGAUUAUCCUCUUCAAAAACUCCACCCAAAGGCCCAUCCAGGACCAAAUCACCGAGUGCAGCUAAUGAGGCAUCAGAAUCGCAGUCAGCGGGCCGGUCGUCCAGGUCCAGGGCGUCGCCCACCAGCCCCGGGACACGACGCAGCCUGAAGAUGUCUCCUCGUCGAGCUUCUUCCACCGACGUGAACGGAGAGGCGGAGCAGCCCGACGACGACGACGACUCCGUGGAAGUGAACGGAAAUCGAUCGGUUUCCUCCUCCAUCAUCAACGAGAAGUACAAAGUGGGAAAAGUCAUCGGAGACGGAAACUUUGCGGUGGUGAAGGAGUGCGUGGAGAGGUCGACGGGACACGAGUUCGCACUGAAGAUCAUCGACAAAGCUCGCUGCUGCGGGAAGGAGCACCUGAUAGAGAACGAGGUGGCCGUCCUCCGCCGGGUUCGACAUCCGAGCAUCAUCGAGCUGGUGGAGGUGGACGAGACGCCGUCUCAGCUGUUCCUGGUCAUGGAACUGGUCAAGGGUGGAGACCUAUUCGACGCCAUCACCUCCUCCACCAAGUACAGCGAGCGCGACGCCAGCGCCAUGGUGUUCAACCUGGCAGGAGCCAUCAAGUACCUGCACCGGAUGAACAUCGUUCACCGAGACAUCAAACCGGAAAACCUGCUGGUGUGUGAGUAUCCGGACGGCACCAAGUCGCUGAAGCUGGGGGACUUUGGAUUGGCGACUGUGGUAGAAGGACCGCUGUACACUGUGUGUGGCACGCCAACAUACGUCGCCCCGGAGAUUAUCGCAGAGACUGGUUACGGCCUGAAGGUGGACAUCUGGGCGGCUGGUGUGAUAGCCUAUAUCCUGCUGUGUGGAUUUCCUCCUUUCAGAAGUGAGAACAACGUGCAGGAGGAGCUGUUCGAUCAGAUCCUCAGAGGGAAGCUGGAGUUUCCGUCUCCGGACUGGGACGCCAUCAGCCUGCCGGCCAAGAUGCUGAUUAGCCAGAUGCUGCAGGUGAACGUGGACGCCCGCUUCACGGCCGAGGAGGUCCUGUCCCACCCCUGGGUGACUGAUGAGGCUCCUGUGGACUCAAGCACUGUGAGCAGCACAGAAGACCAGACCAGUGGAGAGACGCUGGAACCGGAGCAGGAGUCCCCGAUCCUGGAGACCAAACAAGUUCCAUCCCCUCUGGUCUAGAACCGAUAAGACUUUCAUCGACUGAAAAUCCAACCUAGUCAUUCGGAAACCAUGAACGUUGUCGACCUCUGGUCUGGAUCCCAGGAGAUCUGUCCAGUCCAUCUCAGAACCUUGUUAGAACUCCUGUUGAGCACACACUCAAUUUUUAAUGAGUUUCUAUUGAACUUAACAUGAAAUCAGGAAGGUUCUCACUAUCCCGGGCUAGUCCUUGGUUGUGGAUCUUUUGCUUUCUGGAAAACGAAAGAAAACAUAUCUGAUAGUUUUAAGAACCCCACCUGCUGAGGUCAGACCCGUUUUAUCUACAAGUUCAGUGUGAAACCAUGAAGGUUUGCACCAGUCUAGACCGAAGUGUCCAAACAAAUCCAGUCCAGCUUCAGAUUAUAGAAAACCAAAAGUGAUUGUAUGAAUCUAAACCUGUGCAAUGAGAAGACAAAGAAAUUCCUAUCUUUGCCGGCCAAACCAGAUCCCUCGUUUGAAAUUAGCCUAAUCUUAUUCAGACCUUCAGCAGAUUACCAGAAACCAAUCAAAUUCUGAAAACAGAAACUCAGCAUAACCCUCUGGCUGUGGUCUUUCUGAAGACCAAGAAUGUUGUGCACCUGCAGCCCAUCUGAGAAUCCUCUAGUCUGAUGUAGAACCGCUGUAGGUCAUCCAUUUGGUCCAGUUCCUUCAUUGC